UUGCCAAUAAAAGCGGUUCUCCUGGCUUCGCAAGUGCCAGACAUAGUUGCUCCGUUGUGCCGAAACAUUUACCCUAAAAAUGCAUUUAUUCGUCCUGCUCGUCGUUGUACUGGCCGCUUCGGCCCACGCUGCCCGUAAACCGGCGGAUCCGGAACCCAACCCAACCAAAUGGUCGCAGAUCCGCGGGACGGGCACACAGAUUUCCGCCCGUGGCGAGAUCAUACCGGUGUGGAUUAUUAAUAAGCACAAAGAGCUGCUGCGACGGGACUUCACCAACGGCGGAUGGGCACUGGAGAAAGACAACGUACACCACGUGGGAGCCAGCUUUGACGAGUCAGCUUGGAUUGUACUGGGCAACAGCUGGAAGGUGCAACGCGGACGAGGCGGUCUGUGGACGACGGUGGAGGAUGCACCGAAACUGCGACAAAUUGCUGGGCGCAGCUACUAUGAAGCCAUCGGCGUGGACAAUAACGAGGACAUCUACCACUUCAUUGAGGAGAAAUGGCGUAAACUCCCAGGGAAAGCCGUGUACGCCGCUAUCGGAAUCGACGGUGCAAUCUGGGUAAUCAACCGUGAGCAAAGCAUUUUCCAUUGGGACUGGGCGCGCAAUGACUGGGACGUGGUGGAGGGAAAAGCUGUCAACGUAGAUGUGUACAACACCCAUCGCGUCAUCGUCAGCAACAAAGAUCAUGACAUGUUCACCUGGACCGGCAGCAACUGGAAGAAGGAAGACGCCAAAUGCGUGCAGGCCUCCAUUACCAGCAACAACAUUUUUUGCAUCCGAAAGAAAGGAGCAGUCGAUAACGAGAUUUACCGAAACUGAAUUUAAAAAUGACUGGGGAAAUGAGUUUUACCACAGUCUAACUCAACAAAAUUAGCAGAAGAACUGCUCAUACGAACGGAAAUAAAUUAUCAAAAUCAC